AUGUGGCCGUGGGUCCUCACCCGAGGCCGGGGGCUCAUCCCCUCCGUGUCCCCAGGCAGGUGGCAGUGGGGCUGGGACAGGAUAUGGGGCUGGAGCACGCCCAUCAGCUUGCUGGGUGAGGAGGUGGUGGCCCAGCUCUGCAAGCUCCUGGAUAAUGCCAUCUGGGGCUGGCGCAAGCUGGCUGAGGUGGCUGGGGCAGAGAAAUGCUUCAAAUGCAGUGUGGAGGAGUUGGAGAUGUGCUCGCUGAAGGUGCUGGAGCCCCGUGGCAGCCCCACACAGUGCCUCCUGCAGCUCCUGGCUGAGCGUGACUAUACCCUCAAGUACCUGCUGGGUUGCCUGGAGAGGAUGGGGCACACGCAGGCCUGCCAGGUCCUCAGCAGUGCUGUCCAGGACAUAAUCUGCAUCACAGUGCAGCCGCAGUCGCAGGUGGUGACGGAGGGGACGCAGGUGUCCCUGACCUGCUGGGCGACUAGCCCACCGGGGCUCAUGUACCAGUGCUUCUGUGGGAAGCGGGAGGUGCCUGGAGCCAUGGCCCCAGAGCUGGUGAUCGACACGGCUGCCCUGCUGGGCCAGCCUGAGUGGUACAUCUGCCGGGUGAACUGCGGGGCUGCCUUCACCUUCUCUAGGUGGGCCCGUGUCCAGGUGGAGAAGAGCAGCAGCCCCAGCUCAGUCCCCUCCCCAGCCAGCGGUUACCACCCAACCAUGGCGGGGCUGCAGAUCCUGCGGUAGCCAUGGCCAUGCUGUCUGACCGAGGGAGACACGCUGGUGCUGGAGUGCAGAGCCAUUGGCAACCCCCCACCCCAGUACCAGUGGUUCAGGAACCAGUGCCCCAUGGAUGGUGCACAGGCGCCCCAGCUCCAGGUGAAGCUGGUGAUGACAGCUGAGUGGGGAAGCUACUCCUGCCAUGUGUUCAACCUCUUCCAUGAGGUGUGGAGCCAGGAAGUGGACGUGGAGAUCGGCCCACGGCUCUUUGCCUCUGGUGGCCCCUGGCAGGAGGGGGAUGGAGGCUCCCCGGAGUGCAGCAGCCCUGGCCAGCUGUACACCACCGACAAAGUGGCCCUGCUGAUUGGCAACAUGCACUACCUGCACCAUAAGCAGCUGAAGGCGCCCAUGGUGGACAUGCACAUCCUCAGCACCCUCCUCCGCCAGCUUGACUUCAAGGUGGUCUCGCUGCUAGACCUGUGCAAGGCCAAGAUGCAGAUGGCUGUCAAUGAGUUCCUCCUCCUCCUUGACAAGGGCAUCUACGGUUUGCUCUGCUAUGCUAGGCACAGCUAUGAAAAUUUUGGCAACAACUUCAUGGUGCCCAUCGAUGUGCCCAGCUCCUACACGUCGGCCCGCUGCCUGUGUGUGCAGCGGGUGCUGCGGAGCAUGCAGCAGCGCCACACUGGCCUCAACAUCUUCCUGCUUGACAUGUGCUGCAAGAAGUGACCCAGCCCUGGCCACUGGCUUGGGGACAAGCUGCUGGGAGGUCCCGGCAUGGGGGUGCCUGGGGGGUGCUGGUUCGCCGGGGGAGCGGAGUGGGGCAUCCCCAGGUCUCAUCCAAACCCGUUGGCUUUGUCUGGAUGCCCCAAAGCAUCACUGCCCCAGUUGAGCUGGUAAACGCCACGAUGGGUGGGCAGAAGGGCACAGGGCAGCCCCCAGGGGUGAGUGUGGGGAAGCCACUCAUCGCCAAGCUCAACCUGCGGCUGGUGGCCUCCCCCUCGCCACCUGGCAGCCCCCUCUCUGCCUCCCCCCCAUGAGCUGGGGGGGUGGCAGGGAGCUCCUGGGUCAACAACCCCGAGGAGGACCUGAGCCCCGAGGUCCCCGGCUCCCAUGCCCUGUAGAGGGACAGCAUGGUCCCCCCUUGUCACCGCAGCCCCCUGGGGCCACGUCUGUCUUGCUGGGGGGCCGGGGACUGGAGGGGUCAUGCGCAGAGGUGGGUGCCAGGAGGGGCUGAGCACCAUCCUGGCCUGUGCCAGGGGAUGCAGGGCUGGCUGCAUGGCACGGCUAUGACCCCUGCUGCAGGGGACUGCCGCUCGGUACUGCCACGGCGGGUACUGGCAGUGCCAACCCCACAUCCCCUGGCAUGGCAGUGCCAGCCCUGUACGCCGGGACAGAGCCACUGCCAUGUGCCAGGACAUGGCCAGCCCCAUGUGUCCUGGUGUGGCAGUGCCAGCCCAUAUCCCAGUCUGUGCCAGCCCCAUGUGCCAGGACGCUGCCCGGUGGUCAGGGGACAGAGUGCCCAGACCCCACGGCUCAGCUGGCGCGAGGUGUUGUGCUAGGGAAUGGCUGGGUUCGUUCAGGCCUGAGAGAAAUAAGCAGAUUAGGGGGCAAAUCCUGUGGGAGGGGAUUAGAGGGGGUGGGAGCAGGAGGGCUCCUGCUCUGCCACAAGGGACUGGAAGAACCCCCCUGGUGCUCCCAGAGCUCCCAGUAGCACCCAGUCCUCCCAGGCACAGGGCUGUGCCGGCCCCAUCUGGGCAGUGGGUGAUUUCAGGACAGGAUUGGGAUCUAGGGGAGAAAAAAUUGCCUUUUUGCUUGGAUUUUUCCCAAAUGUGGCCCCACAUGCUGGGGGCCACAGAUGAUGUGGGGUACACUCCACCAGGUCUCAAGUGGGGAAAGCACCAAUAAAGAGGGAAGAGCAGGUGACCCGGCAGACCUAUGGCUUUCUUGCAUU